GAAGCUAAAAGAAAGCGGGACGCCCUUCGCAACACUGCUGAUCAGUGUAAGAGGGACGCCCUUCGCAACACUGCUGAUCAGACUGGGAGGGACGCUCUUUGCAACACUGCUGAUCAGACUGGAAGCGCGACGCCCUUCGCAACACUGCUGAUCAGACUGGAAGAACAAACGCCCUUCGCAACACUGCUGAUCUGA